CAAUAGAAAUAUAACGAAAGGAAUCAUACCUAAUUCAAUAAAAUCAUAUGAAACAGAAAUUGUUCUUCAUCUAUUAUGAAACGAAAGAAACUUUUCGGACAACCUAAUAGUUAGAUUAGGAGUAUUUUGCCUGGCUAUAACCACGUAGACGACGAUCUUUCUUUCAGAUAGCUAUAACAAAAUUCCAUCUAUCCUCAUAUUGACACUCGUCGAUCAAAUGGAACCACGCGAUACCCACAAUACGUAACUAGUGUAGGAAUGUAAUGUAGUAUCGUGGACGGAUUGUCUGGGAGAGAUUGGGUGUGUGUUUUCAGCGUAUUUAAAAAAACCGUUGUAACGAAGUUAGUGACGAAUAGUGAUUAAUAGUGAUUAGUGACGAAUAGUGACGAAUAGUGAUUGCGUAAACAUAGAUUGACGGAGCUUCGAACGAUAUUGUAACAAUCAUAUCGUUAUCACUGUAGCACUAUACCAUUUUCCUACACUAGUGUAAAGAAAUUGGCUGAGACAGGUAACCGCUGAUACAUCCGCGUGAAUGGGCGAAGAAAAUUCUAAACUUUCUACUAGAUGUACCUUGGAACACGAUGUAAUUCAUCACGAUGAAUUAAGAAGGCAGGUGGCGUGCCAUUGAAUUGGAAUUUUAUAGGACACGAAACCACCGUUCAAAUGGCAAACACGAGGCACGAAAAUGAAGCAAUCAAGGACUAUCGUAUCUUUGGAGUGUAAAGUGGAGAAAUUGCUGGACCAGAUCGUAAAACUGGCGAACCUGGAGGCACUGGCCGAGUGGGUAGACCACAUUUUGCAUGAGAUGAGAUCCUGAUGACGUUUUCUCUGAUCGACUAUGACCUUAUGCUAAUUCGACGGUGUUCAAAAUAUCGGAUUGACCAGUUGGCGAAAAUACCAGACGGAUGUUAGCAAACGGUGAAGUACAAGGAGGCAGAGCGCGCCAGUUUUCUCUGGAGAAGCUGAUGGAACUGGCCAAGGAGGACAAGGUUAUCGACGCCCCAAACGAGUGACCUCGGAUACAUCCUCCCGUAGAACCUGUACAAUCUCUGUGUUGCCUAACACUGGCCCUGAAAUCUAGUAAUAAAAAAAACUAUUAAAUGGGUGUGGUCUUUCGUAUCCGAAAUUAAUUUUCUGGCUCAGAAAAUAUAGAUUGAUUAUAUUAUAUCACACAAGAUAUUCAGAAAAGAAUAUUUCCACCACUGUAGUAAAUUAUAAUUGUAAUUGUGCGUCUGUAUUGCGCUUGAAUUAAUUUUUCAUUUCGGCUGCAAGCCAUAAUAUACAAAAUGAUAUUAAGUGGCCGGCGAUAGCAGCAAGAUUGUCGUUAACUCACGCUACAAUUGUUACAGUUAUUGAUAUUAUGCAAUUAGAAAUGGAAAUAGGCAAUAUAUUUGUAGCAUUUUUAAUUUUGCACCGCUUCGGAGAAUGUACAAAAGAUUUUAUUUCUAUUGCAAUCAAUCAAUUAUUCAGUGCAAUCCUUAAUAACAAAUAAACAUACGAAAAAUUGAAUUUUUGUAAAAAAAAUAAUUUACAAAAAACAAUUGCAAAAAAAUUUUCUAACAGAACCAACGAGAGAAUAUUCUUCGCACGAUGCAAAAAGUCUCGAUCGGUCAAGUCGAUUCAAAGAAAUCGGCGAACAUACAUUUAAAAAAAGGGAAAAUACAUGAAAAUUGAAAUGCUUUCCCAAGUCAACAUAAAAAUAUAACACAGCUUUACCAGUCGUUGCCUCCAGCAAAGCGAAUAUUUUCUUUGGCAAGUAUAGGCCUUCGAACAAUUUAUUUGAAAGUUGAAUAAUUUUAAAAGUAACAUUAAAAGUAACAAUGAACUGCGAUAUAUUAAUUGAAAGUCAACAACAGAGAUUUUGCAACAUUUUCAUUGUAUAAAAUAAAACGGAAAAGACAAAAUGGGAAAGCAUUUAUUAUUUGUCUGCCAAUUUAACCCAAAUAAUAACAAAUUUGCAAAUAAGGAAGAAUAAGAAAUAAUUUAUUUUUAUUAUCGUUUAAAUGACUUUUAUUUAAACACAAAAUUUUAUUCUUAUUAUAAGUGAAAUUAUAUAUUUAUUUAUUAUUUCGUAUGUAAAUAAACUUUUGUCGAACACUGCCGUGAAAUAAUGAAACACCUGCUCAUGUUUGUAAAUUUACAUUAAACAAACUUGAUAACCAACGAAUAAUUUACAAAUGAAUACAAAUUUGUGGCUGCACUCGACAACAAUGUAUAUCGCUGAAGCGAAGUGUCUAAUGAGCCAUCAAUAUCCCAACGGUCCUUCCGCCGAAUGUUCGAGAAGAAGGCGUGUGUGGCAACGGUCGCGGACGCCAAACAAACGUGUGAAUAGUGGGGAUAUUGAGGGGCGAGAAAAAGAAAGGAAUCGGAUCUGAUCGACAGUCGAGCCAGGAAGCGACAAAGUCGAGUGUUGUAACCGGGCAGUGAGAUUGACUAGCGAAACCGAGAGCGAUACGCGACGCGGUCAAAAGAAGUACAAGAAAUGAGGAACGAAUAUCUCAAUUACGGAAAAAAAAUAAAUUUCAAGAUGAAGUUCCAAUAGACGUCUCUUUUCCUUGCAACGUAACAGCCGGCAGGUCUUCGAAAGUUCCCGAGUCGGUUCACCAAUUAAGACCAGGAGACAUAGAUGUCAUUGCUGCAAUGGGUGAUUCCUUGACAAUCGGCGCUGCAGUUACUUCGAUUUAUACGUUGGAAGUGAACAUUGAAAAUAGAGGCAUAGUAGGCAGUAUCGGCGGUCAAGGAACUUGGCGACAGUACCUGACUCUUCCUAAUAUUCUUAAAGAAUUCAAUCCUAAAUUAGUAGGUUAUUCACUUGGCGACUCUAUAAGUACUGAUCCAAAUGCGCAGUUAAACGUCGCCGAAGGUGGAGCUAUGUCUAGAGAUAUAACUUUCAUGGCGACAUAUUUGGUCAAUAAAAUAAAAAAAGACCCGAGGAUAGAUAUCAACAAACAUUGGAAGUUGAUUUCGUUGAUGAUUGGAAGCAAUGAUUUUUGCGCUAAUAUGUGUACAACUUCUUCUCCAUGGACUAUGUUAAAUGAUCACAAAACAGAUUUAAUUAAUACUCUUAGAAUAUUAAGAGACAAUUUACCAAGAACUUUUGUUGCUCUUAUACCACCACCUCACUUAAAGGAACUGAUUACUGCACAGCAUGGAAGAGAGUCAUUGCCGUGCUAUGUGUCAUCCAUGAUUGGAUGUUCAUGUAUGUUUGCUUUACAAUUUAGAGAUCAAAGACCGGAAUAUUAUAAAAUAAUAGAGAGGUGGCAAAAGAUUGACGAAGAAGUCGCUAAUUAUCCAGAAUUUCAUAGGAAUGACUUUACCGUAGAAAUUUUACCGAUUCUGGAAGAUGCAAAAUUACCUCUUGCCGAGGAUGGAUUUACCGAUUUCUCAUAUUUGAAUGCUGAUUGCUUUCAUUGGAGUCAAAAAUUACAUGCAGUAUAUGCGAAUAAUCUGUGGAACAAUUUAUUGGAACCAGUUGGUAACAAGAGUAGGACUCUCACUUCGUUAUUUAAAAAAUUUCUGUGUCCUACUUCGGAAAGACCGUUCUUGAUGACGUAUAAAAAUUCACAGAACAACGAAACUUAAGGAUGAUUAUAGAAAUUAAAAACAGUUUCUUAAAAUGAACAUUAGUUCGAAAGCAAAUAAUCCGAAUAUUCCGAUGUAACUCUUCUUGCACAAUGGAAAUGAUAUCAUCAAUUAGAAAUUUUACAACUUGAAGAGUACAAAUCGCCAAUACUAAUAGGUAUAUUUUAUUAAAAUACUAGCAAAUUUGAUAACAAAAUAAUUGAAAUUUUAAAAAGUGUUUUAUAAAAGUUAAAAAAGUUACAAUCUGAACGAAUGAAUUCAAAAUUAUAGAACCCUAAAGAAAAAAGGUAACGAAAAUGUAAAAUAGUGCUAAUUUAUUAACAUUGUUAGUAUAUUAUUGUACAGGUCCAAAGAAUUCUGAAACUUGUCACGAAUUCUUUGAUCCGAUGAUAAUGAUGGAAUAUUAAUGACGGGUUUCACAACUACAGGGAUCCAUUAUCCAUUUUAUUCACUAUUUUAUUAUUCCAACUAUUUAUUUUAGCGACGUGACAUUCCGAAAUAUGUUCUGAUAAGGUACAAUAAGUAUGCUAUAUAACAAUUUGGUUGUAACUAAAUUUAAAAAUGCAAAUUUCAUGGUCGCUAUUCAGAAGCGACAAAAAUUAUAAUCAGCAAAUGUACUGAAAUAAGAGCCAAUAUUGGAUCCAUAGCAAUAUUUAAUUUUUACUGUAUUAUUUCAGUCAUUAUCAUAUCGUUGUGUUCUUGUUUCAAAACUUCUGUAUCAAUAAAGAUAAUAUUGGAAA